AUGAUUGCCUUCACUACCCUUCUAGCUGCCAGCGCAGCCUUCGCCUCGCCGAUUGAGCGCCAGGCCAAGACUGAAGUCUUGCCCUUGAAGCGUGUUUCGAACUUGACUUCGAUGAAAAAUCUCGUUAGCAAAGGCCAAGCUCGCCUCGGAAAGGUCAAUGGCGUGGCUGCCAUCGAGGCCCGCAGCUCUGGUCCAGUCACCAAUGAAGACGUCACCUAUGUUGCUGGUGUCUCAAUCGGUGGCACCACCUACGACCUUAUCGUCGACACUGGAUCUUCAAACACCUGGUGUGGUGCUCAAAACUCAUGCGAGCCCAGCUCCACAGGCAAGAGUACCGGCGGUUCGGUCCAGGUCAGCUAUGGUAGCGGUUCGUUCUCCGGUGAUGAGUACAAAGACAAGGUCAGCUUCGGGGGCCUCACUGUCACAUCGCAGUCCAUCGGCGCUUCAACUUCAGCAUCAGGCUUUAGCGGCGUCGAUGGUAUCAUUGGUUUCGGCCCAGUCGAUCUGACCCAAGGCACUGUCUCCAACGUCAACACCGUUCCCACAUUCAUGGACAAUCUAUACAGCCAGGGCUCUAUCUCAACGAAUGUUCUUGGUGUCUACUUCAGCCCAGAAAGCGGAAGCGACUCUGCUGACACCAAUGGUGAGCUUACCCUCGGUGGAACCGAUAGCUCAAAGUACUCCGGCUCAAUUCAAUAUUUCCCCAAACUGGCUAGUGGCUCUGCUUCACCCUACUGGGGUAUCUCCAUCGCCAAGUUCACUUUGGGCUCGACGACUCUUUCGUCUUCUGGCUCGGGUAUUGUCGAUACCGGCACCACCCUCAUCUAUAUCCCCUCCUCAGCCUACACCAGAUUCCUUUCUGCUACUGGCGGCAAGACCGAUAGCUCCUCUGGCCUGGCUAUGUUCAGCACCAAGCCAACUGCGAACUUUGGUAUCACCUUUGGCUCCACUACAUACACCCUUACGCCGGCCCAGUACUUGGUCCCCACCGCCCAGUACAGCUUCUAUGGCUUGACCUCCGGCAAGUACUACGCCUGGAUCAACGAUGGCGGCAGCUCUGGCGUAAACACCAUCAUUGGCCAGAAGUUCUUGGAGAACUACUACUCUGUCUAUGAUACCACAAACUCUCGCAUCGGCUUUGCUCCUCGAGUUUAA